GGCCAGAAUAAACGCCAAUAUGGCGGCGUCCUGCUGCGGUUUGUUCUGUCAGUGAAGGCCAGGGUUACAUGUAAAUAAUUUCAUAAUAAACCCAGCGGACGUGCUCAGAAGUUUUACCACGGCUUAAACAUGUUUCCAGAAACGACACGGUGUUUAAAGGCGGCGGUUCAUCGGUUAUCCACAAAGGUUUUUCUGAAAACUUCACAGCCGUACACACAUGGGGGAGCGAGCAGUCUCCAGAUCCGGAGAAACCUGAGGGUCAGCGGCUGUUCCGCCGCUAAAGUAGCCCCUCCGAAGAUACCCAGGGAGAAGGUGGAAAUCCCCGGGCUUGAGACGGUUAGCUACGGGGAUAGGAUGCAUUAUGUUCCGGGCCUGGCUAAGCCCGUUUAUCCUCCAUGGGAGAGGAGCUACAAGGACCCGAGGUACUACAAGUCUCCGCCCGCUCAGGAGAUGCCGCUGUAUAAAGACAAGCCGUGCUAUGUGUUCAACCAGCGGACCAGCAUGCUGGAAGGUGUGCGUCAGGCUCUCUGGUUGACCAAAUCCAGUUUGAUCCCCGGCCUGCCUUCUCACAUCACCUCACCGGCUGCAGUGCCUGAAAACCAGCUGCUGAAUCAGGAUGAGCGCGCGCAGAACGCCAUCAAACACGCCCGGUUCUGGGAUACAACAGAACCACGGCCCAAAAAGGAGAAAUACAGCAACACUCUGCUUCACAAUCUGCUCCAUCUCUGCGCGACCCUGCAGCCCACUCACCCAGCCAUUGGAAGGAGGAUCCUGGCCGAGAACUAUUCAUUAGCAGCUACCUGGAAAAGAGGUGAUGACCUGUUCCAGGUCAGAGGUCAGAACGGUUUGCUGCAUUGCAGCAUGGAUCCUCUGCCACGGGUGUGCGGGGAAACAGAAGUGUUGGAGACGUCGGAUCAGAUCCUGGAAAGCUUCUAUCCCGUCUCCCCCACCAUCGACCUGCAGCAAGUGAACGUUUACAACGAGGAAAUCAACUGCUCAGGUUUUAGGGAGGGUUAUCCCUACCCUCAUGCCCACACACUUUACUUCCUGGAGACGCCUGAUUCUAACUCUAAGCUCCGCCCAGAACAGUUCAGAGCCAAGAUGAUCAUGUUCACCUUUGGAAAUGCUUUGGCUCGAGCGCACAAGCUGUACGGGACUCAGAGUGUCUUGGAACAUCCCAUAACGGUACAGGCAGUGGGGACCAACGGCCGAAUCUUUCAGUUUCUGGUAUUCCAGCUCAACACCACAGAUCUCUCUGAAGAUGACGGCAUCAAAAAUCAGGUUUGGUUGGAGGAAGAUGUUGAGCUGUAUGAUUUUGCGAAGGUGCGACCCCUCAUUAAAAGGAAAGAAGUAAAGGUCCCAGCUGGUCUGGCAGGUUAUAAACCUGAAACAUUCAACAAAUUCCUGGCCCUGUACCUGCAUGGAGCUGUUUAGUACCGCUGCUGACCCACUUCAUUUGAAUAUAUUUGCUUAUGGACACGUUAUUAGCAGCAAGUCGCUGCUCAUAUUGGAUGGAAGUUUGGGUCCAAAGUUAUUCUGUUAGCGGCGGAGUGGUCAAUUUAAUGAACUUACAUAAACUUCCCAUUUUCUGCCUCCAUCCAUGCAUUCAAUAAAUAAUAUUUGAUGAAA